AUGGCGAGUACAGAUGGAGAUCAGGAAAGGCCGAAAAGUAAACGCAUGUUUAUUAACUGCGUUGAUGCAUAUCAAGGACGAAAUUUAGCAAAGUUUCUGUCAAAUUGUGUUGUCGGUGGAUCGCUAGACGAGGCAGAGGAAGAAGAAGAAGAUGACCAGUCAGUCAGCAGUGAUUUCAUCCCGCCGCCCAAGGAAGGCUGCUAUGAAAUCAUUGGGACACUCAAAGACAAGGAUGCCAAGAAACCAGACUUCGUCAAAGAAAUUAUUAAUUACCAAACAAAAGAACAACUGUAUGAACACCUGAUAGAAUGUGACAUCAUCAUUUAUGACAUCACAGAGGAUCCUGAUCAGAUUGAUGAAGCAACAUGGGCUGUAUCAGAACUCCAUUCUGAUCUUGAAAAGAUUGAUAGCCAGAAGUCAUUUAUGUUGAUCUCCUCAGUGAUGACUUGGGCGAGAAGUAAACCUCUUGAUCCAGACGAUCCAGAGAUUCCUUUCACAGAAGACGAUUACAGACGAAGAAAGCCACAUCCUAAUUUUAAGGAACACAUCAGCGCGGAAAAAACUGUGAUUAAACUUGGAAAAACAAACAAAGCAAAACUAGUGACUUACGUUGUCGCCUCAGGUUUGACAUACGGCUGCGGUGAGAGCAUCUUUCACUACCUGUUCAAGGCUGCCUGGCACAACGCCCCAGAACUCAACGUGUUUGGAAGCGGACAGAACGUUGUACCGACCAUUCACAUCAAAGAUUUAGCUGGAGUAAUACAGAAUAUUGCCGACAGUCGACCAAAAGUACGCUACCUGGUGGCCGUCGAUGAUUCACAGACGACCUUGGAGGAGAUCGUCAAGGUCGUUAGUCAGAAUCUCGGCACUGGCAAGAUCAAGAAUAUCUCCAAGGAGGAGGCGCUCCUCAACAAGGAUAUUGAUCAAGGGGACUACGACCAGCUCCUCGUCAACCUACGCAUGGAUGCCGUCUUCGUUAAAGAAAACAUGCGGGUCACCUGGGUGGCUGAAUCGGGCAUCCCUGAGAAUAUCGCAGCGAUUGUGAAGGAAUACAGGACGACGAGGGGAUUAUUGCCGAUAAAAGCAUGCAUCCUUGGACCGCCAGCAUCAGGGAAGACCUUCCUCAUCACCAAUCUCACCAAAACCUACAAUACCCAUCACAUCAAGCUUCCAGAGGUUAUCAACGAUGUUGUGACUGUUUUGCUUGAGAAGUAUUCUAGCUUGACUCCUGAGGAACUUGAAGACCUUGAGGAUGAUGAAGACAAGAGGCUUUACGAGACGCUCCAACAUGUAACAGAGGGAUGUAAGGAGAGGAAUGAGGAGCCUGUCUAUGAGGAUGUCCUGGACGACGUCCAUAUCACGAAAUUCUGCAAGGAGAAGCUCCACUCCAUGCGGUGUCAGAACCAGGGGUUCAUCCUAGACGGAUUCCCCAGGACACUUGACCAAGCGAAGGACUUAUUUUCUGUUGAAGAAACAGAAGAGUCCACACCAGAGGAAACACCGGGCCCCGCCUACGACACUGACAUCACACCUGAGUAUGUGUUUAUACUUGACGCCUCUGAUGAGUUCUUGAAGGAACGCGUCUUUGCCUUGACGCAGCUGCAACUCGCAGCCUCCUACAAGACGGACUCGUCAUUCAACCGUUUACUGGUCGACUAUCGUGAGAGCAACCCGGAGGAUGAACCAAACCACAUCGCUGCCUACUUCAAGGAGUUGGAAAUAAAAGUGGAGAACAUUGAUAUAGCUAAGGAUAAGCCCACAGGAACAGCCAAAUCUCAAACAUCGGAUGUGAUCAGGGGAACAUUGGGAGAAGCACGAAUCUAUGGGCCUACAAAGUACGAGCGACUUGAUACAGAUCUGGCUGAUGCCAUGGAGACGCUGAAGAAACAGGAGAAAGAAGAAGUGGAGAUGACAAGGCGAGAGCGUGAGGAGGGGGAAGCCAAGGAAAUGAGGAAAGAUGAAAUGCUGCGACAAGAAGAAAAUGAGAAAAAUGCAGAAGUGAGCAUCUUGGUUCCCAAGGUGUUGCCGAUGAGGAACUACUUGAUGAGGGCAGUCAUGCCAACGUUGAUUGAGGGAUUGAUUGAUUGUGUGAAACACCGGCCGGAGAAUGGUGUUGACCAUUUGGCAGAGUACAUCUUCAAGCGCAAUCCACAAGAAUGCUACAUGCCUCAAGAGGAGGAGGUGGAUGGGGGAGAUGAGGGGGAGGAAAUGGAGGGGGUCGAGUCUAUGGAGGACGAGAUGGUGGAAUUCUUGGCGAGAGAGAUGACGUCAUCAGAUGGUAGUAAGAAAUCGGCAGUGUCCACGCCCCUGUCCCGAUCAAGAUCUUCAUAGACAGACGGACAUGGACUUAGAUCCUGUUAGUUUCCGUAGGUCUCGUGAUGAAAAAGUGGGACUAAAGUGGCCUUAUCCAAGCCCUCUGGUCAUGACUUUCUCCUCAUAAGGCAAAUUUGGGAUGAAUGGAAAUUAUGAUUGAACAGCAGGGACGUGGAAUAAUGAUGUAUUUUUAUUGCAAUUGGGGUCAUUUUGGACUGAAAUUUUAAAAAGAUUAGGAGGAAGCUACAGAGAACAAAGAUCGAACUUCUGAGGAAUACUCACAUGGCAGCAAAAAACCAAGCAUCGUUGUCUAAAGAGUCAUGUUCACGUCAAUUCAGACAACUCUAAACAGUAUUCCUCUGUGCAAUACAAAACAGCCAGUGCCAUUUGAACAGGGGUUGGGGACCGAGAAAACAAUUCUCAUAGUUUAUAUGAAACAUAAACCCGAAAAUACUCAGUUAAUUUGCAGUACUGGUGUCAGAAGAACACAAAAUGGUUUGGACUUUGUUAGUUUUUUUCUCACUAAUCUUGUUAUUUGCUCUUCGACGGUCCAGUAUUGGAAAAAUAACCUGUGUGCCACAUUUAGUGCAAAUUGGGCAGUUAGAACACUGGAGAAUACUUAAUUGUUUUGGUACAUUCUGAAUAGUGUUAAAUU